UCUAAAUCCAUUCAAAAACCAACAAUGAGGAGUAUUAUUUUGGUGUUGUCAUUCGCCUUGGCGGCUGUCUCAGCCUUGCAACUGGAGGAGCCAGUGGUUGAACAGGAUGUUUCUCUGCAGGAAUUGGCCAAGCAACUGGGUCUCGAACUGAAUCUGGACUUUGACUUGGGACUGAAACUAGACCUGGUUGACGAGCUGCCCGAGGAGGGCAUCCUGGAUGUGGACGAGCUCGCCAUUCUGGAUCGCACGUUGCGCUUGCUCAUCGCCGAAUCGAAAGCUCUGGCCAAGGAGAUCAUUCUGCUGACGGAGCGCCAGCUGCUAAAGAUCUUCCUGUGGCCAAUUAAGGAGCUGGAGAAGCUGGCGGAGGAUGUGGAGAGACGGGCAUUGGAUGCGGGCGAGUGUGCCAUCAAUGUGACCAGCAGUUCGGCCGAUUUGGUGGCAUCCACCACACUAGACUUUCUGGGCUGCGCACGCGAUGCUGCCGUCACGUCGAUCAAUCUGGUGCUGGACACCAAGAAGGCGGUGCUCCAACUGACCCUCGAUGGCUAUCAGCUGUAUCAAUUGAGAAAAGAAUGCAACAGUUACAAGGCUAAUAGCAUUCGAAAGAAGACAUGCAAGGUCAAGUUUACCACCAAGGGCAUCCUGUACGUUGCCAAUGGACAGGCCUCGUUGCGAUACCUGAUCAGAUUGCGAAAAAGCGUUCCCGCCGUGGCUACCGAUGCCACCAGCUGCACCACCAAGUCCACCGAGAAUGCCAUCCAAGGAUUUGACGACCUGAACGCCGCCAUCGAUGCCUGUGCUGCAAAUUUUAAGUGAAUGUGAAAAGUGACAAAAUAAAAAUAUAAAAAAUGCAUCCAAGUUAUAUGAAG